UUUUGAUGAGUGUAACCUCACACCCGAUAGAAAUCGAGGGGAUCCCCUCGAUCAAGAUCGUCAAGAAUCUCUCGUCUCCAGUGUAUUUGCGUCGGUUUCCGUGAUGGACGGGGCGACUGGAGCCUCGGAGCGCCAGGGGGAUGCCGGCGGCUCCCGGUACAAGGGGGUGAGGCUGCGGAAGUGGGGGAAGUGGGUGUCGGAGAUCCGGCUCCCGAACAGCCGGGAGCGGAUAUGGCUCGGGUCCUAUGACUCCCCCGAGAAGGCCGCGAGGGCCUUCGACGCGGCACUCUACUGCCUGCGGGGCCGGAACGCGCAGUUCAACUUCCCCGACAGCCCGCCCGACUUCCCGGGGGCCCAGGGCCUCACCCCUCCGGAGAUCCGGGCCGUCGCCGCCCGGUUCGCCAAUGAGAGCUCGGGGCGGGGCGGAAGGAACGACGACGGGCGGGGGCACCGCGCGUCGCCGUCGGCAGCUCGAGGAGGAGACAACGAUGGGAAUGGUAAUGACGGCGGGAGCAACGUCAUGGACUGGUCGUUCUUGAAUGCGUUGGACGACAACGACUGUGCUGGCUCUGGAUUCGGGCUUUACGGUGGACUGGACUAUGCGUGUGGUCACGAGUUGGCGCCUCCGCCAGAAGCAUCGGCAACGACGAAUAACGCAGACGACGAACAAGGGGGUGGUGGCGGCGAGGGUUUUUAUUGUCACGAACCAUCAUUUCUCUGGAACUUCUGAAAAGCUUUUCAGAUGCAAAACUACUUCGGCGAUAUUUUAUCAGUAGCCGGAGGAAACUCAUCUUGUGCUGUCUCUUUUUUUUUCAAAUCUUUUUGCCUUGCGUUGAUUUUUACACGAUGACAAUAAAGAAGUGGAUCAACAUAACAGGUUGCUUUAGGGUUUUUAUCGUUAAUGUUGCAGAACAAGUCCGUCUGUAAGUGCAUACCAUCAUCGUGUAUCAUCGUGUACGUAAAGGUUUCAGACACAAAUAAUGCAGAUACGUUUGCUUGCCUC